GGACUUUUUGCAACCUACCCAUAAAGACCUUUAGCCUAUUUAAACCAUCUGGUUCAUCUUGGAUCCUAAUAUCAAGUCAGUUAAAAGCUGUAUAUACACAUCAAAGCCAGUGUAUGAUCUUCUCCUAGUUAAUUAAGUGAAAGGCUUAACAAGCUGAGAGAAGGUACAAGGCCACAAGCAACAGCAUAAAAAUUAAUAUGGGUGUUGAUGCCUUUCUAUUGGUUCUCUUGUUAGGGCCAGCACUUGCUGCUGUUCUUCUACAUUUCUUGUUUGCCAAAAAAGAGCGGAGAAACAUUCCCAACGGGAGUAUGGGAUGGCCUCUCUUGGGUGAAACACUUGGCUUUCUGAAGCCACACAAAUCCAACACACUUGGGAGUUUCCUACAAGACCAUUGUUCCAGGUAUGGAAAGGUCUUCAAAUCUCAUGUCUUUGGUUCUCCCACCAUCAUUUCCUGCGACCAUGAGCUCAACUCUUUCAUCCUUCAAAACGAAGAGAGGCUGUUCCAGUGCAGCUACCCCAAGCCCAUUCAUGGAGUUCUUGGGAAGCUAUCAAUGCUCGUCGUGGUUGGCGAUGCACAUAAAAAGCUCAGGAGCAUCGCUCUCAGCCUUACAAACACAUGGAAGUCGAAGUUUGAAUAUCUCCAUGAUAUCGAAGAGCAUGCGAUAUCAAUAAUGGAAUCUUGGAGAGACAGGGAGCAAGUCAUCUUCUGCGAAGAAGCGAGAAAGUACACAUUCAAUGUUAUAGUGAAGCAGAUACUAAGUUUGAAGCCAGAAGAGCCACAAACAGCAAUGAUAUUAGAAGACUUCCUAACCUUCAUGAAAGGAUUGGUGUCUUUUCCAUUAUACAUUCCUGGAGCUCCAUAUGCAAAGGCUGUAAAGGCAAGAUCUAGGAUUUCUUCCACUGUGAGAGCAAUAGUAGAUGAAAGGAGAAAAGGGGUUGUGGGAAGUGAAAAGGGAGACUUUCUAGAUGUACUUCUGUCAAAUGGCAGUUUGAGUGAUGAAGAGAAUGUGAGUCUUGUGUUGGAUCUUCUACUUGGAGGUUAUGAAACUACCUCCUUGCUCAUGUCUCUAGCUGUCUAUUUUCUUGGAAGCUCACCAACUGCUCUUGGACAAUUAAAGGAAGAGCAUCAAGCAAUAAGGAAGAGAAAGGAGAAAGGAGAACACCUAAACUGGGAAGAUUACAAGCAAAUGGAAUACACACAAAAUGUGAUAAAUGAAGCUCUAAGAUGUGGAAACAUUGUCAAGUUUGUUCACAGAAAGGCUCUCAAAGAUGUCCAGUUCAAAGGGUAUUUAAUCCCCUCUGGAUGGAAGGUUCUUCCGGUCUUCAGCGCAGCCCAUCUUGAUCCAUCUCUUCAUGAAGAAGCCUCUGAAUUCUGUCCUCGGAGAUGGGCGGGUCGUGCAACAUCCAAAAAAAUAGCUCCUUUUGGUGGUGGACCACGCCUAUGUCCUGGGGCCGAACUUGCUAAAGUAGAGACUGCUUUCUUCCUGCAUCAUCUUGUACUUAAUUUCAGAUGGAGAACAGAGGAAGAAGACCAACCAAUGGCAUACCCGUACUUGGAAUUCAAAAGGGGCUUGCCUCUUGUGAUAGAGCCUAUAGAGAGAUGAGAUUUGAAGAAAAAGUUCAAAACCCAAGUGGGUUUUACAGAGAGAGAGAGAGAGAGAGAGAGUUCAAUGCAAGUAGUUUAUUAUAUAUAGUUGUAGAAUAUGAAGAGUAGACGAUAAUAAGAAGGAAAUGUCAUGCAAAUAUGAUACCUAUAUAUAUGCAUUUGAGGUAUCAAUAAUGCGUUCCAUACCCCUUUCAGUUUCUAAUUAAGUACUUAUAUUUCGCA